UGAAAGCAUGGAUCUUCCUGCAGGAUUUGGAUGGGGGACAGUCACCUCAGCUUAUCAAGUGGAAGGAGGCUGGGAUACAGAUGGAAAAGGCCCUUGUGUCUGGGACACAUUCACCCAUCAGGGAAGAGACAGAGUUUUCAAGAACCAGACUGGCGAUGUAGCUUGUGGCAGCUACACUCUGUGGGAGGAAGAUUUGAAAUGUAUCAAACAGCUUGGAUUGACUCAUUACCGCUUCUCUCUUUCCUGGUCACGUCUGUUACCUGAUGGGACGACAGGUUUCAUCAACCAGAAAGCUAUCCCACUUGAUAAAGUCAAUCUUGAAAUAUAUUGUGCCUGGUCUUUUCUGAAUAUUGAGUGGACCCACGGGUACAGCAGCUGGUUUGGUCUCUUCCACGUUGAUUUUGAAGAUCCAGCAAGACCCCGAGUGCCUCACACGUCAGCCAAGGAGUAUGCUAAGAUUAUCCGAAACAAUGGCCUGGAGGGACCUCUAUAG